AUGACAGAUUCCACUCCCCCGGCUGCUCUCGACCGCUCGAGGCAAGCUUCUCGUACUUUUGCAGAUUUGAAACAUCCUUUGUCCAGCUUCGCCUCGGUUGACGAGCAAUCCAAUGCGCACGAGCGUGAUGAAGAGCAAACGACACCAAAAGAAGACCCGGCUGCACCUCCAAUGGGCACGGAUGCCCGGUUCGCAGCCCUGAAAAGCUUUUACCGUACACAGAUCGCUGAGACAUCAAACUCGCCAAAUGAUCAUCUAAGUUCAGAAUUUGGGUUCUCCUCGCCCGGCGCCCUAAACCGGCUCAUGUCUCUCUAUGCAUCCUCUUCGCGUCUAAGCGGGCUAUAUGGCGGCAGCAAGAAGCCCAAAACCAAGCUACCUGUCAUGCGCGAAGCCCUGACUGCAAGCGAGGGCCUCCAGAUUGCCCCAGAAAACAACGAGGCGGACAUGAUUGCACGGCUUCAGUCACCAGAAUGUGGCUGGGAUGGCAUGGCCUCGAUAAACCAGCGCGCAACCCAAUCACCGGACGCCCGCUUCGUCGAUGAUCUCCUCCCACUCCCAGUCCUCCUUCGCACCAAGCGAGCCAAGCGCUGCAAGUCCUGCAAGCACAUCCUCGUGAAGCCCGAGAGCAAGCCACAGUCUACUCGCUUCCGCAUCCGCCUCAUUGCCCUCAGCUACAUCCCCCUCCCAACUCUCCGCCCUCUAGCCCUCUCUUCCUCAUCAGCCCUCCCAGCCAUGGUCCCGACCUCCGACCUCAACUCCCUCUCCCCCCUGCGCCCAAUCCACGUCCUUCUUACUCUAAAGAACCACAUGUUCGACCCCGUCCGUAUCACCCUCGCCACGCCCCCCGUGACCCCAGGCCGCGUUGCAACCAAAGUCACAGUUCUCUCUCCGCAGUUCGAGAUUGGCGCCAACAGCGAUGUCUGGGACGAGGCGUUGCAGGGUGGCUCUGCGCCCUUAACGAGUGACUCUCGCCCCGCCGCUUUACGCGGAGUCCCGGAGGCAGGCAAGGUGUGGGAUAAAGGCCGGAACUGGACGACUGUCGUGUUGGAGGUUGUCCCUGGCACGUUGCCUGGGAGUAGUGCUGAGAGCGGUGGUGGUAAUCCAAAAACCGAGACUCAUGAUGAGGACGUCUUGACAGUUGCGGCUUCUAGGCAGGAUGAAGAUGUGCUUGAGAUUCCGGUCUUCGUGCACAUGGAUUGGGAUGCGGAUGCGCAGCUUGAUCAACAAAAUGUUGGGAAGGGGUCUAAGCCUGAUGAUAAGGUUACCAGGGAGUUGGCUUAUUGGAUGGUGCUUGGUGUGGGGAGAAUUCAGGCUUCGUUGUAG